UCGAAAGUAACCUGAACGAGGAAAUCAAAAAAUCACACGGGACCGACAUCUUGACUUGAGCUGCUGCCGAACUCGUCUGAAUCCAGUUUAAAGAAUCCGAGCGGGUUCGUUUCUUACAUCCAGCUUAAAGCAGAACAAAGUUCGCUUCGUCAUGUCGAAGGCGUCGACUCUGAGGAUCAGCAGCACCAGCGCGAGGCAGGUGGAAAACUACCGCCAGGCUCUGUACCGGGAGGCGGAGAAUCUGUUCUCCAACAUCAUCCCCCAGAAGAUCGUGAAGCUCGACAACCUGCUCAAGCAUGACGCCCUGAACAUCACAGACAUGACGUCCCUCCACGCCCCCCUGGACAUCCCCAUCCCAGACCCUCCUGCCCCGGAGGACGAGGAAAUGGAGACGGACAAGAACGAGGACGAGGAGAAGAAGAAGAAGAAAGCUCCGAAAUGCGGCUUCAUCAAAGGAAACGAGAAAAUCCAGGAGCUGCUGGACUUGAUCAAACCAGAGAUCGUCGCCUUCAGAGAGACUCUCAUCACUCUCACCUGCUGGAUUCAGCACCUCAUUCCAAAAAUAGAAGACGGAAAUGACUUCGGAGUUGCCAUCCAGGAGAAAGUGUUGGAGCGAGCCGCCGCAGUAAAGACCAAAGUGGAGGGUUUUCAGACCAACGUCAACAAGUUCCUUUUAGAUCGGGGGGACGCUGUAGCCAAAGCCUCCAAAGAAAACCAUGUGAUGGAUUACCGCAACCUGGUCCACGAGAGGGACGAGAACAUGUACAGCGACAUCAGAGUCAUCACUCUGGACCUCCGCGGCUUCUACGCCGAGCUUUACGACAUCACCAGCAAAAACCUGGAAAAGAUAACCAACCCGAAAGGAGAAGAGAAGCCCUCGAUGUACUGAAGCUGCCGGAGAAAGGAGGCCGAGUUCUGGAGGCGCCACUGGGACAGAACCCACAACCCUCUGCUGUAAUGACAACCUGGUGAAUUCAAUAUCAAUCAUCUCCCUCUGUUCACCCAUAAAACAUUUAAAAAAAGUAAAAAAUGUGAUUCUCAACUUUGCUUUUCCAGUUCAAUAAAACACCUGUACCGUAGUUUUAUCUCUUUUGUUUGGUAACACUUGAGGAUUUAUGCACUAAAUUGAAGUCUUUGGACGAUGAGCGAAUAAAGAAAAGCUCGUUUUUUU